AUGAGAUUAAUUCAACCCCAUCUAAAUUCUGGUUCCCAGAUAACGAUUAAUUCUGAAUUAUUUGAGCUGCCGUCAUUACUGACCAAUACUGAUUCUACUGUGUUAACUACAGCAAUCAACGAUGGUUAUGCUCAACUACAACAAUGUUACGAGGCGUUAACAACAUUAACCAGAGGUAUACAAACGCUCAGUGACGAUUCCGUUCGGCUAAGCGUAGAAUCACUACGUCAUCAAAAUUUACUACAAGUAUGCCAAAGUGAGGUAAAUCAAGUGAAGCAGUCUAUUGUCGAACAGAACUCUUAUAUUGCUGGCAUAGCACCAAAUGAAGCGAUUUUACAACAGGAAUUAUCGAGUAUCACACAGAAAGCUGAAGACUUACAAUCAAUCGCGUAUGAUGGUAUAUUAACGUGGAAAAUAUCUAAUAUUAAUGAAAAAAUGGCCGAUGCCGAAUCGGAGCGACAAACAAGUAUCUAUUCACCACCAUUUUAUUCAUCACCAACCGGAUACAGAAUGCGUAUUCGACUUUACCUUCGUGGGGAUGGGAAUGCACGACGAACACAUAUUUCAUUAUUUUUUCUUCUAAUGCGCGGCCCCUACGAUGCAAUUCUUAAAUGGCCGUUCAACUUCAAAGUUACGUUUUGUUUAUAUGAUCAAUCAGGACAACAGCAACAUAUCAUUGACUCAUUUCGUCCAGAUGUAAAAUCUACCAGUUUCCAUCGUCCUCGUAGUGAAAUGAACAUUGCUAGUGGUAUACCUAAGUUCUUUCCAUUGCCAUUGAUUCUACAGAACGAUAAUGUCUACGUUAAAGAUGAUACCAUGUUCAUCAAAUGUCUUGUUGAUUUUGGUGAUAUUUCAAAAAUGUUGUUGCCAUAUGCACUGAGCUUAAAUCCAGCGUUACCGCAUCAUAUCCAAAGACAUAUGAUACAAGUUGAAGCCGAGGGACGAUCACGACAACAAGCAACGACAGAAAACAAUCAACUUUUGACAAACAAUAACACUGGUACUGAAUUCAUGAAUUCAAAUCAAACUGGUAAUUUAUCCCAAGCUAACAGCAUAUUAACAACAGAACCAUCAUCAUCAUCAAAGAAGAAAAUGAAAAAUGAUUCAAACAUAGAAGAAAAGAAAGAUGAUACAUGA